AAAGAGGGAGACACGGAGAGAGACACGGAGAGAGACGGGGAGAGAGACACGGGGAGAGAGAUCGGGGAAAAGAGGGAGACACGGAGAGAGACGGGGAGAGAGACACGGGGAGAGAGAUCGGGGAAAAGAGGGAGACAGGGAGAGAGACGGAGAGAGACAGGGAGAGAGACACGGAGAGAGACAGAGAGAGAGAGACAGGGAGACGAGGGGAGAGAGACAGGGAGAGAGACAGGGAGAGACACGGGGAGAGACACGGAGAGAGACACGGAGAGAGACACGGAGAGAGAGACAGGGAGACGAGGGGAGAGAGACGGGGAGAGAGACAGGGAGACGAGGGGAGAGAGAGGAGGAGGAAUUGGGAGGAGGGGCGAUAGACGAGGAGGGAGACGAGGUGGAGAAGAAACAAUGGAAGGCGGCGUAGGGCCCGGAGAGGAGCCGAGGUCACCCAGACCUCGACUCCUGGCAACCGAGCAGGAGGGAGACAAGAAGGCCGAGGAGGAGGAUGAGGCCGAGGAGGAGGCGACAUCGAGAGCCGCCGGGCCCGAGGGAGAGGCCCCGGCAGGUGACGACGACCGCGAGCAUCGGCCCGCAGCAGCAGCAGCAGCUCGCGAGGCCGGGCGCGGGGCAGUCCCCCCGGCGCCUCCUGCGGGCGCCUGCGACCCCCCGGCAGGCGGCUGGGACGAGCCGCCGCCCUCGUUCCGGGAGAACUCCCCGCGCGAGGAGGAGCUGCUGGUGCUCGCGGACUCGUUCCAGCGGCAGUACUCGCUGCUGUACCCCGACCGCAGGCCGCUGCUGCUCUGCCCCGUCAACGAGUGCGGGGUGCAGAAGUUCGUGUGCACCACCCUGAGGCCCACGCUGGUGCCCUACCUCGAGCUGCACCACUGGCAGGGCAGCGCCAGCUUCGUCUCCGACUGCGUGGUGCCUGCUCCGCUUGAGCCGCCCACGGCGCUGCCGUCGCGGCUGGCGUCGCCGGUGACGGUGCUGCGCCGGCAGCGCGCCAGCUCCCUGGAGGCGAGCUCCCUGCUGUGCUCGCUGCUGCUGGGCGCCGGCUACGACGCCUACUGCGUGUGCGGCUAUGCCGACCGGCCCACGUGCCUCGCCGACGAGUCGCGCGCCGACUGCCCGCUCCUCCGCGAGCCCGAGCCGCCCGAGCAAGCCGAGCCCCAGCGCCCGCCCAACAAGUACGCGGUGCGGCGAGCGCGGGACCUGCGCAGCCACCACGAGGAGCGGCUGGAGGAGCGCCGGCAGGCCGAGGAGCGGGCCGCGCAGGAGCGGCGCCGGCGGGAGGAGGAGGCCGCCGCCGCGGAGCGCGAGCGCCCGUCUCUGGACCCGCUGCACGGGCUGCGCGUCCACUGCUGGGUGCUGGUGCGGCCGGGCCGGCGCGGCGUGGCCGAGGCGUUCUUCGUGGAGCCGCUGAGCGGUCGCGCCUUCUCCACGGCCGACGGGCGCUUCCUGGGCGUGGAGAGCGUGUGGAACCACCGCAACUACUGGGUCAACGUGCAGGACUGCCGCCACGGCUGCCAGGGAGUGUCGUUCCAUGUCCACGACGCGCUCGGCUGGGAGGCCGUGUUCCCCGGCGUUCGUUCACGCACGGCCGGAUCAGCGGCUCACGGCGGCUACGGCGACGGCAGUAACGAGGAGGAGGACGAGGAGGACGAUCCGGAGCGUGGGCAGAAGGAGGAGGAGCGGCCGGGGUCCACGCUGCCUCCAUCGUGGGUGGGCAGGAUCCAGCUGUCGCCACAUGACUUGGAGCUGCGCUGCCCUGGUGGCAAGAGGACGGUGCAGUUCCGCCGAGCGCGGCUCGAGAAGCUGGCACCGUUCCUGCAGCGUGACGGACUCACGUCGCGCCUCUCCGUCUUCCGCGAUGACGAGUGCACCCAGCUGGUGGAGGUGAGGGAGACCUACAGCCACCGCAAGGACCGGUUGGAGCGCAAGCUGCUCAACAAGGAGUCGGGCCUGGUCACCGAACACUUCGCGCCCGGACGCGCCGACUGCCUUAAAGAGCACACGUUUGUAUCGCCGGUGCCCGAGACGGAGCGGCGGGCCGAGUUCUACAGCGCGGCGCGCGUCGACGGCCUGCGGAGCCGCCGCGAGACGGCGCUGGAGCUGUGGGAGGAGUUCGAGGGGCGUGGCGACCGCCUGCGCGCUCGCCACGCCCAGCUGGGGCCUCGCGUCAAGCGCGCCGGGCCCGCGGGGGCCGACUCGCACUGCCGCCCCAUCCUGAAGGUGACCGAAGACUUUGAUCGGGACCCGUCGCGUCCGGCGGACGAGGACCCGUCGCGCCGCACGUUUCUGCUGGCGGAGGAGCGCAUGAGCGUGCUCUACCACCAGGACCCGGCGCGCAUCACCCGCUCCUGCCGCCACUUCCUCAAGCCGCCCUGCGGCACCGACGGAACCAUCGAACCGCCCGGGCCCGACUCCUACUCCGCUUACCAGGCCGACCCCGCCGCUCCGCAGUUGAAGAAGCGAGAGAUUUACGAGAUGCUCGUGGAGCUCAUGGCCGCCGAGGAGAAGACGCUGCAGCUCGUGCGGAAAUCCGAGGAGGAGGUGCGGGAGAUGCUUCUUGUGCGAGCGCAGGAGGAGGCGACGAGUGAGCUCGUGUUGAGCGUGUACGACACGCUGCGCAACCACCGCACCAAGCAGCGGCGCCAGGAGCUGGAGCGCUUGCGGCAGGAGGAGCAGCGGCGCCGGGAGGAGCCCCAGCUGGACUACCUGGCACCGUUCCUGGCGCGCCUGGGCAACCCCGAGGAGCUGACGCGGCGGCACGCGGAGCGGCUGCGGAGCGAGUGCCUGGACGACGUCAAGCGCCAGCUCACGGCGCAGGCCAACGCCAUGCAGGAGCGCCUCGAGAAGGAGGUGGAGGAGCUGCAGCAGCAGGAGGGGGCACGGGGCCCCGGGGGCCGCGCGGGGGAGGAGGAGCGCAACGCCGCGUGCGAGGAGGCGGCCUUCCGCAUCCUCGUCACCGAGCAGCGCCUACACAGGCACAAGGCCACUGCGCCGCACGUCUACGCGGAGAUGGAGCGCAGGCUGCAGAGCGACCCCCGCCUGUCGGCUCUGCUCCAGGACCCGUGAGGUUCCACGCCGGACUCCAACCUACGCCCUCGCCGCUCCAAUGGUGGCGGUUGCGUGCUCAAUACAGGCUGUGAGCCGUUUACAGACACCGCACCGAUUUAGAAUGACCUUCUUAACGUUAUUGACCUCUCUUAAAACAACCGAUUGAAUAUCGCAACGGCUGCAUAGCGGAUAAGAGAAUACUUGUUGCGAUUGGCGGGAGAUGCGUAGGGCGUUUGAAUUUGAAUGUUGUUUCUCUAGAAUGUAUGCCCAUUAUUAAUUUAAAUGUUUCUCUACAAUGCAUGCCCAUUAUUCAUCAUCAGUUACCGGCCGUAUUUUGAAGUAUUUCCAGCGAGCACACUACCCCGCAAAUCUCCUCUGUGAAAUCGAGCCGCUUUUAUUCAAAAGUCUUGUCCGCGACCUAAACCCGUUCAUAUAAAACUAACCUGUCAUUUUACGAAUGCAACAUUAACCGCCGCUAUUCGCCACGCUACUAAGGGCCGGCGACACCAACCAUGGUGCCUGUGCCAGGCUGGGUGCACUGAGGCCAUGUGAAGUGUCAGAGGCUGACUGGAAGUAUGUUGCAGGACAGGCCCAGGUGUUAUGGGUUCACGGAUUGAGAUGACAGGCGGAAUCACGUGACCCGUGCUCCCCGUUACACCGCCAGUUUGUGCAAACAAACACGCAAACUCACGCAGUUGGAGAAACAUACCAAGGUUUCCCACGCCCUCCAUGUGAAAACUGCACACGCAACUCACAUUUUAAAAACGUUAUUAUGAUAAGCACAACACAGCACAAGUUGUAUGUAGAACUUCUUGCGCACUGUUCAUAACCAACCGUGCUAAUUGGAGGUGCAGGGGAAGGACAACAAAUUCGCAUAUUUUUUGUUGAGUAUUCGGUUUUUAUUCACUACGCUUCAGAGACUAAACAAGCGAAUGUUUAAGCACAAAGGAGGGAAAAAUGGCACAAGUAGUAGAAACGAAUUGAAGCGAGAAAACAAAUAAGCUCAGAAGUGAGAGGCACGGGAAGUGUAUUUACACCCGAUCCGAAUCAAAAGUUUAAUUUCUAAACACCUUUAAGACGGCAAAGUGUUACCAGCUGCGCGCCUGCAGUUCUGGGGUGUGAGUUUCCUAUCAUAGGAGACUCCAGUUGCAAAAGACUUCUCCACUUGGUCACUCACUCAUUAGCCCACCUACCCACUUUGUAACCUGCUCACCCAUACACCCCACCUACACUCACUCACUAGCUCACCUACCCAUUCAUUCACUCACCCAACAAACCAUUCACCCAUGCAAUAACUAAUUCACCCUUCCCACUCAUUCGCGCACCAGGUUUGUGUUGUGUAGCUUUGCACGGUUGGCUGGGGGGUUUAAGUCACCCCUGGUGCACCCCGUGUAGGCCUUCUUUAUGCACUCAACAGCAGGAAGGAACAUGUAAAACUUUCAUCAGGUCAAACAGUGCAUUAAACCAGAGCAGAGACUGCCAUUGCUGGUACCACCCAGGGUAGAGAAAGCGUUAAGAGCUACCAAUGUCUUGAUGUGGCCAGACUAAAUAAACAUAAUUUGUCUGUCUGCCUGUCUCGGCGCCAACCCGAGUAACUUUAGCUGCACAAAGUCAAACAAGGUCAUCAUUCGGACCUACAAGUAAUUCCAAUUGAGCAAUUCGUAAACGUGCGUGCGAAACGCCAGAAUUCACCAAGAAAGCAAGUGGCUCAGAAGUGGCAGAGCAGCCAGUGGGUUCGUGAACACCCCCUCCCAUCUCAUUACCUCUGCGUGCGAUCCCCUGAGUACGUGUGAACUUUCUCUGCGUACCGCGGUUUGCGGCUCACCUCAGAACAUUUAUCAACAGGGGUGGAACAAGCAUCCCAAAGCAGGAUCCUCCUCUUGGCAGCCACGAGGGCUUCCCAGAGGGUCUCGAAGCGUUACCACCACCCUUAACGUUCUCAUAUUUACUUGGCCAAGUAAAUAAAUUGGCCGCAAUAAAACGUUCCAUCUUGGGUAGCACCAAACUCCGAGGCUUAGUCAAAAUAACAUUUCAAGACAACUGUAUAAAAAGCUACGUAAAUAUUAAUGUAACACUCAAUAAUCGCUGCUGCCGGCACGACGCACCGUGGUGACAUUUAAACGCCAGCAAGUGAGGAGCACUCACAAACACCUCGACCGGAGGACGCAGCGGGGAGCGCCGGCCACUGUGCUGGCCAGGUUCCACGAUUCGGCACCAGCGGGUCCGCGUGACACAGCCGCAGUUGCGGCCGUGGCAGCCGUCACCCACAGGACCGUCGGUGCCGUUCGCCGGCUCUGCCGCUGGCCCCGUUAGUCGCUGGGCGCCCCUCCGGGUUUGCCGGUGCCGGCCAGCACGGACGCGUGAAUGUUGUGGACGACGCGGGUCAGGUAGCGCCACCCGAUCGGCACGGCCCUCACCGCGUGGCUCACCUGCUGCUCCACGCUGGCCCCCCGCCGAUACACACAGACGGCGGUUAGCGUCGGCAAUAGGCGCGAGUGAUUACUCACCGCCCACUCAUCUACUCGACCAUUCGCUCGCUCACACGCUCACUCUUCCGUCCAUUCGUCUACUCAACCCACUCGACGACUUGUUCGUGAACAAAAGCACCCACUCGCUCAUCUACAUAUUCAUCUACCCAUCACCCGCUUGCUCAUUUAAACACUCAACCACCCAUUCGUUGACCCACUCACCCAACCUCUCACCCACUCAUGCUUCCACUCGAAGACACACCGAUGAUUUGCUCACUUAAUAAAAUCGUUACAAUUGCCUUUUGCGAGCAGAUCCAUUAUUCAACGGCGCCCUAUAAAUGAUUGUGCGAGUGUAAUAAUCAGUUUCAAUACAUAAACCCUUACAUCCUGA